AUGAGCAUGUUCGUCGCAAAGCCUACAUGCCCUCUGCUUGCAGCGCAUCCCUGGCACACGCAGGUCGUCAGCUGUUCUCCUCCCUGCCUGCUGCCCGACCGCCCUCCCCUCGCCCACGCCUCCUCUGCAGGGACUUCCCCUGCCACUGGUGCCCUCAUCCCUCUCGAUUUCACGGUGCACCCCUCCUCCACCAUGAUCUCACACGCCUUAUCUCACAUGCAACCUCUACCUAUCCCACCACCCCUCGCGCCCACCACGGGCCAUGGCAGAGACCUGCGCUUCACAGGUUUUUAUGGGGAAAUCCCUGCGUCCAUCGGCAAUGCUACCGGUCUCGAGCACCUUGAUCUAUCACGCGUCCGCAUUGAGGGACGCCUUCCCUCCACCUUCAGUCGCCUCACUGCACUCACCUACCUGUACCCCCUCACUCUCCCACUACUACCUAUCGUGCUGCCACUUCUCCCUUCCUCCCCCUCACUCACACACGCUCUUGCAUGUCAUCGUGACUUGUACCCCCUUGCUCCUCCCCACUCACUUGGCCCUCUCACUGCACCACCCCUCCUCCACGCUGCUCAGGUCCCUUGGCGAUCCAGUGCACUAUUGGCGCCAGGACUUGACACGUCUCUAGCUUUUGAGUCGACUCAAAGGCAACUCCUCCACGCGCCUCCCCCCCUCAGGUCCCUUGGCGAUCCAGUGUACCUUUGGCACGAGGACUACACAUGGCUCAAUGAGUUCCUACAAGACGAUUACACCGACAUUCACUCCAUCACGGCUACCAUGAAGGCUCAUGUGUUGCAAGGCCCCAUGGCAGACCUCUCCUGCCUCGCCCCACUCACUCGCCUACAGCACCUCGCUCUUCGAAACCUCAACCUCACGCCUGGCCCACUCCCGCCAGCACUCUCUGCCCUCACUCUGCUCACACACCUAGACAUUCAGUUCCUCCCAGCCACCAGCCUCCCCACAUGGAUUACCGCCCUCUCCUCACUCGAGUACCUGGAUGUCACCGGCAACUUUCAUGUGCACCGCUCUACACCGUUCCCCACCGAAUGGACGGCGCUCACAGGGCUGGGGAGUCUCCCCACUGCCUUGCCCACUAGCCAGCAGUGCGCUCUCCCCUCCCCUUGCACCUCCAGGCGGGCCGGUCUGAAUGGCUUCACUGGCUCUAUCCCCUCCACCAUCUCCGCCCUCACCGCCCUCUAUGACCUAGAGCUCUACUACAACAACAUCUCGGGCACCAUCCCUGCUGCCAUGGCCAACCUUACCCUCUCCUCCCUGAGCCUGUUCUCCAACAUGCUCUCGGGCACCAUCCCUGCUCUCGACUCCAUGUCGCUCUCCUCCCUGGACCUCUCGUACAACCACCUGUCGGGCUCCUUGCCCACUGCCCUUUGCUCCAUUGCAGACUCACUGAAGCUGGGUCACAACGAUCUUGAGGGGCCCAUGCCUGCGUGCUUUGACCGCGUCAGAGGUCACACUGAUCUGAGUUUCAACAACCUCUCAGGGCCCAUCCCAGUGACCUUGAGUCGCCACGCACUGGACAAUCUUCAUGUUCUCCAUUUCUCCCUUCUCCCUGCGCCUGUCUCCAUUCUCCCUUCUCCCCCCUUCGCCCCCAGGGACCUCACUAGCUCGGGAUUGACCUGUCCUUUAGACGGCAGCGAGUUGUCGGCGCCCACCACCCCGCCAUCAGCUUCCCAGGCGGCAUCUCAGCCUUCCCUCACAGCUUCCCCACCCUCACCUCCCACAACCGCAGCUAUUCGUUCCAUGCCACACGCUGCCACCAUCGGUCUUGUACUUGUUGUUGCUGCCGCUGCUGUUCUAAUGGUGCUUACCCUAGGGAAUAUUCGAACUCCCAAGGGCUUCAGUGCAGUCCCACCCUCUCAGACCGACAUUGAGCUGUGA